CGGGAGGAGGGAGAGAGGGAGGCUGCGGGUCGCGCUGCCGGGUGACGGCCCCGGGUCACCGCUCGUCCCCUCCCGGGGCUCGGUCCCGGAGCCGCCGCUGCCCCUUGGGCGGGCCGGGGGGCGCCGCAGCCCGGGAGCGGGCGCUGGGGCGGGGGCGGGGGCGGGGUUCCCUGCGGGCAGGGCGGGCGGCGAUUGGCUGCGCCGCGGAGACUUCGCCAUUUAUGGGCACGGCCCCGCGCGGGGCAGCCGCUGCUCCCCGCCGCCGCCGCCAGCCCCAGCGCCCGCCCGGCCCGGCCCGGCCCAGCCCAGCCCAGCCCAGCCCGUCCCGUCCCGUCCCGGCGGCGUGCCGAGAGCUGCGCGCGCGGGAGGGGAGGGGAGGGCGGGCUCGCUGCCGCCACCGCCCGCCCCCUGCCUCCUGCGGCCGGGCCGGCGCUCAGCGGAGCCGCGGGCAGCGCAGCAGCGCGGAGCAGCCGCGAUGGGCAGCAAAGGGCACUACAGAUACCACUGGCAGAGCCACAAUGUCAAGCACAGCGGAGUGGAUGAUAUGGUUCUUCUUUCCAAAAUCUCAGAGGAUUCCAUAGUGGAGAACCUUAAGAAGCGAUAUAUGGAUGACUAUAUUUUUACAUACAUUGGCUCUGUGUUAAUCUCUGUGAAUCCUUUCAAACAAAUGCCAUAUUUUGGGGAAAAGGAAAUUGAGAUGUACCAAGGAGCCGCACAAUAUGAAAACCCACCACAUAUUUAUGCUCUUGCAGACAGCAUGUACAGAAACAUGAUUAUUGACAGAGAAAAUCAGUGCGUCAUUAUUAGCGGGGAAAGUGGUGCUGGAAAGACUGUGGCUGCUAAAUAUAUUAUGAGCUAUGUCUCCAAAAUUUCAGGAGGUGGCCCUAAAGUACAGCAUGUGAAAGAUAUAAUUCUACAGUCCAACCCUUUACUAGAGGCCUUUGGGAAUGCAAAAACUGUACGGAACAAUAACUCCAGCAGAUUUGGGAAAUACUUUGAAAUCCAGUUUAGCCCAGGUGGAGAGCCAGAUGGAGGAAAAAUCUCCAAUUUCCUACUGGAAAAAUCUAGAGUUGUAAUGAGGAAUCCUGGAGAGAGGAGUUUUCACAUUUUUUACCAGCUGAUCGAAGGGGCAUCUUCAGAACAAAAAAGCAGUCUUGGCAUUACCACCAUGGAUUACUAUUACUACCUGAGUCUAUCUGGGUCCUACAAAGUAGAUGACAUCAAUGACAAAUCUGAUUUCCAAGAAACACUGCAUGCAAUGAGUGUGAUUGGGAUCUUUGCAGAAGAGCAGGCAUUGGUACUACAAAUAGUGGCUGGAAUACUUCAUUUGGGAAACAUCAGCUUCAAAGAAGUUGGCAACUAUGCAGGAGUGGAAAGUGAAGAGUUUUUGGCUUUCCCUGCUUUCCUCCUGGGAAUUAACCAGGACCGCCUAAAGGAAAAACUGACCAGCAGACAGAUGGACAGCAAGUGGGGAGGCAAAUCUGAGUCCAUUAAUGUAACACUAAACGUAGAACAAGCUUGCUACACCAGGGAUGCACUGGCCAAGGCCCUUCAUGCCCGUGUUUUUGAUUACUUGGUAGAUUCCAUUAAUAAGGCUAUGGAGAAGGACCAUGAAGAGUAUAAUAUUGGUGUCCUCGAUAUUUACGGCUUUGAAAUAUUCCAGAAAAAUGGCUUUGAGCAGUUCUGUAUCAACUUCGUUAAUGAAAAACUGCAGCAGAUUUUUAUUGAACUGACACUGAAAGCAGAACAGGAAGAAUAUGUGCAAGAAGGAAUCAGAUGGACUCCGAUAGAUUAUUUUAACAACAAAAUAGUGUGUGACCUGAUAGAGAACAAAGUGAAUCCCCCUGGAAUUAUGAGCAUUUUAGAUGAUGUAUGUGCCACAAUGCAUGCAGUGGGAGAAGGAGCUGACCAAACACUGCUACAAAAACUCCAGAUGCAGAUUGGGACUCAUGAACAUUUCAACAGCUGGAACCAAGGAUUUAUCAUUCAUCAUUAUGCUGGAAAGGUAUCUUAUGAUAUGGAUGGAUUCUGCGAGAGAAAUCGGGAUGUUCUUUUCAUGGACUUGAUUGAACUCAUGCAGAGCAGUGAUUUGCCUUUUAUAAAGGCUUUGUUUCCUGAAAAUCUUCAAGCGGACAAGAAGGGUCGCCCUACCACUGCAGGCAGUAAAAUCAAAAAACAAGCAAAUGAUCUUGUUGGCACCCUGAUGAAGUGUACACCCCAUUACAUUCGCUGCAUCAAACCAAAUGAAACAAAGAAACCUCGAGACUGGGAGGAGAGCAGGGUAAAACAUCAAGUGGAAUAUUUAGGUCUUAAAGAAAAUAUUCGAGUACGAAGAGCUGGCUAUGCCUACAGGCGGGUUUUCAAGAAGUUUUUGCAGAGAUACGCCAUUCUGACCAAAGCAACCUGGCCUUCCUGGAAAGGAGAGGAGAAGCAAGGAGUUCUCCAUCUGCUUCAGUCUGUCAACAUGGAUCCCGACCAAUACCAACUAGGGAAAUCCAAAGUCUUCAUCAAAGCUCCAGAGUCUCUCUUCUUAUUAGAAGAGAUGAGAGAGAGGAAGUACGAUGGGUAUGCCAGGGCCAUCCAGAAGGCAUGGAGGAAGUAUGCAGCCAGGAAAAAAUAUGUACAGAUGAGAGAAGAAGCAUCAGAUCUAUUGCUGAACAAGAAAGAGAGGAGACGGAACAGCAUUAACAGGAAUUUUGUGGGAGAUUACAUAGGCAUGGAGGACCAUCCAGAGCUACGCCAGUUUGUGGGCAAGCGAGAGAAGAUUGAUUUUGCAGACACCGUAACUAAAUAUGACAGGCGGUUUAAGAGCGUGAAGCGAGACCUUAUCCUCACUCCUAAGUGCAUAUACCUCAUUGGGCGUGAAAAGAUAAAGCAGGGUCCAGAAAAGGGUCAAGUUAAGGAAGUCUUAAAGCGAAAGAUGGAAGUGGAGAGAAUUCUUUCUGUUUCUCUAAGCACGAUGCAGGAUGACAUGUUCAUUCUACAUGAACAGGAAUAUGAUAGCUUGCUGGAAUCAGUCUUCAAAACUGAGUUUUUAAGCCUUUUAUCAAAACGAUACGAAGAGAAAACACAAAGAAAACUACCUCUGAAAUUUAGCAAUACGCUUGAAGUAAAGCUGAAAAAAGAGAGCUGGGGGCCCUGGAGCAGUAGUGGUUCUCGACAAGUGCAAUUUAUGCAAGGCCAAGGAGAUAUAGCCAUUCUCAAACCAAGCAAUAAAGUGCUGCAGAUCAGCAUUGGACCAGGGCUACCAAAGAAUUCCCGUCCUACUAGACGUAAUGUUACGCAAACUAGAGGGUAUUCUAACAGGUCUCAAACUCAGACUUACCCUAUGAGAGCUGCGCCUCCUCCUCCCGGACAUCAGCAAAAUGGAGUAAUAAAUCCUUCACAUCCCCAAGUCCCAGCAAAUCAACAGGCCAAUCAGAGAAAUCUGUAUACAAAUAUGACACGACCAACUUUACCACGGCAACUGUCAGGAGGAUCGGGCAGGAUUUCACAGCAACCAGAAAGCCUGGAUUUUCUAAAAGUACCUGACCAAGGAGCAGCCGGUGUUCGCAGGCAGACCACAAACCGGCCCCCACCAGCUGGAGGAAGGCCUAAACCACAGCCAAAACCUAAGCCUCAGGUACCACAGUGCAGGGCACUGUAUGCAUACGAUGCUCAGGACACAGAUGAACUUAGCUUUAAUGCCAACGACGUGAUCGAUAUAAUCAAAGAAGAUCCUUCUGGUUGGUGGACAGGAAGACUACGAGGGAAACAAGGUCUAUUUCCUAACAAUUAUGUCACCAAGAUAUAAAAGACUGUUAGGCAAGAAAAUGCUAUGAAGCUAACGAUGUUUGAAGAUGUUUUCCCUUACCUUCAGGACACUGUUCUCCUGAGAUCUGCUAUUCUCAGCAUUUUUCACCAGUAAAGUUGUAUACAAGGAACAAGAAACUUAUCCACAGCAGAGACUUUGAUAUUUGUCUCAGAAACAUACAGCAAUGGACAUACUGACUAAUUAUUUAUUAUAUUUAAAACCUGGUUAACACCUAGUAAGUGAAAAUACUCAAACCUGUCAUUGUUCUGAAACAGAAAGGUGCUUUGCAGUCUGGGACCAGGGACUUUAAGGUGUAUUUAAUAAGUGCCUUUAGUUGAAUAUCAGUAAUCUUUUUAAUUAUCUGAUGAAGAUUAUGUUAAAUGCACAUUUCCUCUAAUGCAGAUCAUUCUGGGGAACAUGUUAAAUAUGCUGCUACGUGUUUAAAAGUUAGGGUCAUUUGGGAUAUUACCAUCUAAAAAUCUACUGCGAUGGUAUAUUUAAAUAAUUCUGUACAGAGAUGUAAUAGAAUUGGUUUGCAUUUACUGAUGUAUUUAGGGACUCCCAACAGGCACUACAAGAAGUUUAAACAAAACUAUGUAGUACUGUAUGCUAAACAAUGUUGCCUUCAAGAUUUAUAUUGGAAUAUGGCUGGCCCAUGUUGGAAUUCUGUUUAAUGCUCUACCUGUUAUAAGAAAUGUCUUUAUGCACAGCUGUACAUUUAUAGAAACAAAUCCUAUACUGUAUAUAAAAAUUGAAUAUGGUAGAAACAUGUAUGAAUGUAUAACAUAGUAUUCCACUGUUCUUACCAUAAAGUAGUUCUACUAGAAUUUUUAUGCCAGGUACUUACAGAUAUGCACUACUCCUUUUAAAUGGUAAAAGCAAGUGUUACUGCUUAAGUCUAAUUGCCUCCCACACCAUUGAGAGUGACUGUUGCUUGCCAUACAGUUAUCAGCAUUCAUUGCUUUGCCUUGUGAACCUCCAUAAAAUAAAACAAGCAGCAGUUAGCUCAA